ACCACUUGUUGCCGGCGCCAGUGCCAGCUUGUUGCCAACGUCGCCCGAACCACACUUCGUACGAAUCAGGAUGGUGCGUGCAAGCUGCCUGUUAGCGAGCUGCGUGCUCAUGACUCUGCUCCUCAUUAUGCCCGCCUCUGCAUACCCCAGGUAUCCGAGCAACUACUUCCGUGAAGACAUUCAAUACGAACCAGAAGAGAUCAUGGACAUGCUGAACCGCCUCGGAAACCUCAUCCAGAUGGAACGCAAAAUGGAAAACUAUAAAGAAGACAUUACUAGCGAGAAACGAGCCCUUGAUCUUGGCCUCAGCCGUGGAUACUCUGGUGCCCUUCAAGCUAAGCACCUCAUGGGACUGGCAGCAGCCAACUACGCCGGAGGCCCAGGAAGGAGGCGACGAGAUGCCCACUAAAUUUAGGAUAAACCACCCGAAUACUGCACUGAGGUGGACUAACAGAUCCAUGAACCACAUCUCUAUGCAGUACCUUCAUACGCUUAUCCAUCAGUCUGGCUGGCUCCAUUGGACAACUAAGUCAUCCAUUAUACUAUAGCAUAUAGUCAAAUUUAUUCAAAUUAACGCUUAACGUGAUAUAUUUCUAGUCAGUUUUUAUAACAUCCAUGUUGUAAUUAUGUAUUUUUAAAUGGAUUAUAUUGUCUGUUAUGCGCUUAGCGAUGCAUUCCCAGUGAUAGAUACCUGGUGGUAACCAAGAGAUAAAGAAAUUGUUAUAUCUAUACUUGUCAGUAGAGUAGCCUAAACAAAUACUUCUACUAUAUUUUAGAAUGACUUCUAUAAAUCGAUUCUUCUGAUAUAAUUUGUGUAUUUCCAAACGAUCUCAAUUUUGACCCUGUAGUAAAAGUUUUUAUGAAAAACGAAAAGUAUAUUUGACUGAUUUUGAUACAUUUCUACGAGUCUGAUGUUGUACCUAAACCUAUUCUAGUCAUCACUAGUCAUUUCGUAUGUUAGAUUCCUUCUUCAUAUUUCAUUCCAUUUCGGUGUCAGUAUUCCUUCAGUAUUAAAAAUAUCAUUACUUAAAUAUCUUUCAAGUUGUAAGAUUUAAUCACGAAUGUCUUAAAAACGCUUAAUAUUUAUUGUAAAUUAGAUCCUACAGUACUUCUUAAGAUCCCAGCUGUAUCAACUAGAUUCAAUGUUACAAUUCCUAUGUAUGUACGUGGCAAACUAGUAAAUAGAUAAAAUGUAAGUGAUAAAUACCUCCUGUCUAGAGUUUAUUGUUAAAAAUAAAGAGAUAUUCAUAUUUAUAUAAAUGUGUUUACAUUAAUGCUUCAUGUUAUAUCUACUUAUGUCUAUG